CAGACAUUAUGCUUGUGAGACACACAGGAGUAAAUACCCUUAAGUUCUCACACACACUCAUUGUUGAGAUGGUUCACUGAAACUGACCCUCUGUGGACGGACUUACUUUUCUCUAAGUGGCACUGAACACAACUGCGUAACAAACAUGAAGAAACUUGCGAAGGCUCUGUAUGACAACACUGCAGAAUGUGCAGACGAGCUGGCCUUCAGAAAGGGCGACAUCGUCACAGUGAUGGAUCAAAACGUGGCCGGCACCAGUGGAUGGUGGAUGUGUUCUCUUCAUGGACGGCAUGGCCUGGCCCCUGCAAAUAGACUGCAGCUUUUACCACAAAACGAAACUCCUGCAGGUUCAUGGAGUCAUGAGAAACCCAGGUUAACCCACGCCGAAGCUGAUCACGGUGCGCAAAAUAUCUACCAAAUCCCAAGCGUUCCCCGACCGUCCAGCAGCCCAGCUUAUGAACGCAUGGACAUGAUCUACAAAGUGCCCUCCGCUCCUUUAUCUGCUUCAAGAAAUUCAAUCCCAUCAGCACUUAAACUCAGCCAAGAAGGACCUGAGACUUCAUUCUUCAGCAUGGCGUUCGGUGCGAAAGGGGAGGUUUACGAUGUCCCAAACCAAGCGAGACGCCCUUCUCUUUUCACUGAAUCGAUCACUCCAAGACACAUGCCACGGAAUAACAAACUGCUACCAAUUUCAGAGCUGGAGAGAAGAUUGGACUCUCUGGAGAGUUCGAGGUGUAGCAGUCCUGGAGAUGUAUAUGUGUACGCAGUUCCACCACCUUUGAGUCAGGAUCCCAACUAUGACAUCCCUGUCCCCUCAGUGACAGAAGCACCACAGAUAAACAUGGCUGGAUUUAGCACCCUGCCAAGCCCUCACAAGCCUGAGUGGAUUUACGAUGUGCCUGUGGGUCCUGAGACACAAAGUCCACCACCGGGCUGCUAUGACACCAUGCCAGCCAAAGCUGUUUGCAGGCAGCUGUGUGGCACUCUCCCAGCACAUGCAUGGCCCAUUCAAAGAAGCAGUCCAGCUCCCUCGCUUUAUGAUAUACCAAAGCCCAGCACUCUUGACAGUCCCCCUAAGGUUCUACCUAGGACUCCCAUCUACGACAAGCCACCAACUCAUACAGAGGAAAUGGUCUACGCAGUUCCCCCUCAGGUGGAACCGAACCCCCUAAUUCUCGGCGAUUCCAAAAGAGAUCAUAUACCCCUAGAGUGCAGGGGUGACUCAAGCAAUGCCCAUGAACUGAAAAGGGUACAGCUCCAAAGAAUGAGGAAAUUCCGGACUUAUACGUCUUUCCACGACCUUCCAGGAAGCGGGGAGUCAUCGGUGCAGGAUGAUGUUGAGCGGGGCAGAACCUUGCGUCUCUCUGCGUCAGACAGUCAACGAAGCAGCACAGCCUCCAGCUCGUCCACCAGCUCCUGUGAAUCUCUGCCUCUGAGCUCCUCCUCCCCCGAGCCAUUGCGAGAAGUGACGCUCAGCCAGGAGGAGGCCUGCCGCAGACUCCUGGACCUGCAGGAGUGUGUUUGCAGGGCCGUGCCCCGUCUCAUGGACUUUGUCAGCAGUCACUGGAGAAGCAGAGAACAUCUGGAGAAGCAUCUGAAUGAGAUCAAAGAAGCAGCAGACAGUAUUGCGACUUCUCUGGCAUGCUUCCUUCACUUUGCCCUCGACAUUAAGGGCAACGCCCGACGCUUGACGGAUUCCAACCUUCAGACGAGGCUUUUUAAACAGCUGUCCAUCAUAGAAGACUCAAGUGUCAUCCUACAACAAACAGUAUGCACUCUGAACUUGGCUGGCUGGCCCCUCAACACGCUCUGUCAGGACCCAGGGCAGGUCCAGACACCUGACCAACUGGAGCGCUUUGUUAUGGUCGCGCGCACUGUUCCAGAAGACGUCAAGCGCCUGGUGUCCAUCGUCAACGCAAACGGCAAACUUCUUUUCAGAGUUCCUCAGAGAGAUCCAGAGCGCCCCCCUGCCCAAAGUCAGCCAGACACAAAGAAAAGUCCUGUCGUGGGUGAACAAGGAGAAGACUUAGUGGAGGACGAUGACGACUAUGUGGAGCUACAGACAAAGAAUGAUUUUGAAAAGCAGAAGAAGGAAGUGGAGGCAGCAGCCAAAGAAAAUGACACACCAGUCUCUAACAAGGCGCAUGCUGAUAACAAACUCCAAAAUCUGCCACCUUCCAAGUCGGAGCACUGCCGGCUUUACUUCGGUGCUCUCCAAAAGGCCAUCAGGGGAUUCGUGGGCAGCCUUAAGGACGGCCAGCCGCCGGAGAAAUUCAUCUCGCACAGUAAGCUGGUCAUCAUGGUGGGCCAGAGAUUGGUGGACACCCUGUGCAGGGUGGCCCAUAGUGGAGCCUCCAGCGAGAGCCUGCUGUGUAAGAGCAACCACCUGUGUGCUCUCUUGAAGCAGCUGGCUGUGGCCACCAAGAAGGCGGCGCUGCACUUCCCCGAUAAGCAGGCUCUGCAUGAGGCCGAAGAGUUUGCGAAGGAACUUGCCCGAAGAGCACAGUACUUUCGGAUAUCGCUGGACCUGUGAGAAGGCACAUAUCAGGCAUAUUGAUUUAUUUGUACAGAAAAAGACUUUUGUUUUUUUUAUCAGUAACUUCCUGUAGCUGUAGGUUUCAUUAUUUCUUUCUGUUCAUAUUUAAUCAAGUCCUGGCUUCACCAGCCAGCUGUAACUGUAUGUUGAAUGAUGUCAAUAUAAUAAAAGCAGGUGCUGGUUUAAAUGUUGAUGAAAUUAGAAAACUUGCUGGGACAAGCGGAGGAAUUAAAAUAUAAACUUUGUACUCAAAAGAAAACUUCAACACGGAGUUCUGAAAUAAAUUGCACAUUAAGGAUACUUUAGUCAAGCCCAUUUUAAAAUGCAACUUAAUUAUAAAAUGUGUCGACAUUAUAUACAGCAAGUUUAUUUACUCUUAACUGUUAUAUAAAUGUUGUAUGUAUUUUACUAAAACUAUAGCAUAAGGGGAACACUCACUAGGGUAGUAGUUUGUUCUACUGUGUGUUAAUAUCUAAGUAAAUAUUCUAAUGUGUAUUAUGCAUUCCUUCAUUUUCUUGACACAGGUAUGAAAACAUGUUGGAUUUUCAUUGAUAUCAAAAUAAAAAACCUUCAAACCCUU